UAAACAAGCUUUGGCGUUAAAGUGUUGCAGUGAAGUUAUUGGAUGGCACUUUAAUGACAGUCAAAUGUGAGAAAUACUUUGGACUCUUACAAAGACACUGGGAUAUUUCAGGCAGAAACACAUUUUUAACUGCUAAAGAAAGCGUGUGUUUCUGGUUUUGUGUUGUUGAAAGCUGCUCAGACUUCAGAGCUGGCAUGAAGAAGAAGAAGAAGGAAAACAAGAAGGAGGAGGAGGAGGAGAAGACGAAGGUUAAAGCCGAGGCUGUGAAGAGAAGAACCCGCCAUCAUGUCUGAAAAGAAGAUGACUUCGAGCCGCAAGCAUCACCUGAAGAGUGUGAUGCUGUCGAUCGCGGCGAACUGGAUCAAACAGGAAGUCAAAGAACUUGAGGCAAGCAAGGCGGCGUACAUGGCAGAGAACUGCCCCAAACCCAGCCUGAGCGGAGACCAGGCCGCCCUCAUGGAGGCCUGCAAAAAGCUGCACUGCCUCAUCGACAAAGUGGAUGAAGAGCGGUACGACCUGGAGACCAAAGUGGGCAAAGCCAACAAAGAGAUUGAAGAUCUGAAGAUCAAGGUGGUGGACCUGGCCGGCGUGAAGAAGCCCGCUCUGAAGAAGGUCCGCAUGUCCGCUGACGCCAUGCUGAAGGCUCUGCUGGGCUCCAAACACACCGUGAACAUGGACCUGAGGGCCAACCUGAAGCAGGUCAAGAAGGAGGUCAAGGAGGAGCCUGCAGAGGCGGCGGGCGACUGGCGUAAGAACAUCGAGGACAAGGCCGACAGGAAGAAGAUGUUCGAGGCGGCCUAAACAUCCCCCCCCCCCCCCCAUCCCCACGCUCCUGCAGUUUGGCUUUUAGCACUUUUUAUGGAAUUUAUGGAACUUUUAAUUGGAUUUUGAAGUUUUUGUUUCAUUAAAACUGUCAGUGUCA